AUGCCGAGUCUGUGGCUUGACGAAAUGUUUCUAGUCAUGGUCGGUACUCUUUCAUUCCCGAGCGAUGCAAACAGCAGGGGGUGUAUGUGUUCUUUCGCGUGGAAAGAAGACUUCUGUCUGUCCGCGCUGAAAACACUCACUUCCGACAAUCUCAUGAAUGGCAAUGGAUUCCGCUACCGGAACUCGCCCUGCGUGUUGGACGCUUCGCUAAAGCCCACCUUCGGAGAGCAUGGUCCGCUCUUCGCAGAUAUUUAUAGGCCAGUAAAUCUUUCAUUCUGCAUGUACCUCCCGCAUCACCCUUGGAUAUGA